AUGGCUGCGCCCACAGGACCGAGGGGACCAUCGGCCUCCAACCCGCCCGGGUUUGAAGCUUUUCCGUUUGCAGUGGGUGGCAGGCCGGCAGAGGACAGCGCCGGUCAAGAGCCGGAGCAGGCCGGCGAGGCGAAGAAGAAGCCCUGCAGGGCUUGUACAGACUUCAAAUCGUGGAUGAAGGUCCAGAAGAAACAGACGACAGCUGCUGCUCAGGUCGGAGCUGCAGAGUCCGAGCCACAAGAAGACCUACAGUGUCCACUGGACAGGGAAGAGUUGGGACGUAACACCUGGUCCUUCCUGCAUACCAUGGCGGCAUAUUACCCCGACCAACCGUCCUCCACCCAGCAGCAAGAGAUGGGGCAGUUCAUCAACCUUUUCUCCAAGUUCUUCCCCUGUGACGAAUGCGCAGAAGACCUCAGAGGAAGAUUAAAAAACAAUCAGCCAGACGCUCGGAGUCGCCAUGCUCUCUCCCAGUGGCUUUGUCAUCUCCACAAUGACGUCAACAUCCGACUGGGGAAGCCCGAGUUUGACUGCUCCCGUGUGGAUGAGAGGUGGAAAGAUGGAUGGAAAGAUGGUUCCUGUGAUUGAAGGAUUGUGUCGGCAUUGCAGAGAGAUGUGAGGACUGAGGUGGAGACCUAAAACAAUCAUUUCUUUGUGUCGGUUCAAAACCUUGAUGUUGUAGAGAAACUUCAUGUGAUGAGAGAUGUGCGGUACUUGUCAAAAGGCUUGCCUUGCUUCGUGGUUAGUUAUCAUAACUGAUCUGGUAAUAAAACGUAAGGAUACAAAUCAAACAAGCAUUCCUCUCUGUUUCUCAAGUCAGGACGUGUUCUCAACGUUCUCAAUAUGAUUUGUUUGCAGUUUUAUUGCUUUGCUGCAUUAACAAGCAGAUUGGAGCAUAAAUAUCUGUGCUCACAGUACAUUGGUCUUUUGAAAGCCAGAUCCUUGCUUGAGUUUUUGACCAAUUUAGCUUUGGGAUUGUCUUUUCAGAUUUACAACUGGAUUCAUUGAUUAAAGUUGCGGUUUACUGGUUUGUUAAUAGUUGUGUUCUGAAAUCUUGUUUGACCCAAAAUUUUAAAAAUGUUAUUAUUGUUGUUAUUAUGUCUGGGAUUAAUUAGAUAUAUAUUUAUAAGACAAUUCUACUAAAUGUAUUGCAAAUAAUUAUAGAUAUGUACAGUAUAUAGUGAUGAUUACAGUUUUUCAUUGUACUACCACACUGUGUGUGAGUUUUGUAAGGUACUUUUCCUGCAGAGUAAAUUCAUUUGUUUGCAUAAUUUACGGCUGACAUAUUUAAAUCAAAAGUUCAUUUGCGUCAAUAAAUGAGGUAUAUAUGUAUAUAUAUAUAUAUAUAGUUCAUCAUCACAAAAGGUCAUUUCAUGUUUACUGUAAUCAUUUCCUUGUGAUUCUUUGUCACAUUAGUGUAAAAUUUUGGCUGUCGAUCGGACGAAAUAAGCUCUAUUUCUUUUGGUCACAUGUAAUGAUAUUUGCAAAUAUCCCAUGACUAGAAACUUAUGACUAUUUGUGUUGUAUUUGGUGCAGCUACAUCAUCAUGAGACUGCUUCCUAUGCCAUGAUUCAUAAAUUGGCUUGUUUGAGAAUGAUGAAGAGUCAGGCAGUAUAAUAGUUUACAGUCCUUCAGGCCUGUGUUCUACUGGACCUUUAUAAAGGCUCCAGGGCUGCAUCUGCCUUUGGGAAGUGUGAGUGAAUUUACUGGUUUUAGAAAUAAAGGGGGAGUUUAAAUUCUACAAUAAAAAAAAUAUAUAAAAAAUACUUUAGGCCCAUUCCAAUUUAACGUGAUGCUCCCAUGCAGGUUUUUUCACUUUAUAUUAUUUGGAAAUGCACCACCACUGGCAGUUACAUCAAAAUUAAUCCAACAUUAACACUACACAAACGAUUCAGCAUAUUUAACAGCACCUGUUUUUGUCUGGAUUUACUUGGCAACAAUUAACUGCUACAGUGACAUGACACAGCGAAAGCAGCUAACAUUUUUCACCAGAUGUGAUGGAUUAAAGUUUUGAAAAGACUUGAA